CAGACACGCUAGCUCAUUUCCCUUUUUGCGUGUUGUGAUGUUCAGGAAAAUUAAAAGAGGGAACCACAUUUGCGUGUAAGCAUGAAAGAGAGAAAUAGAAACACUGAGCGGGUUUGGGCAAACUAGAUUUAUAAUGAACCUCUUACGUCGUUUAUUUUAUAACGCUGUGGAUGUGGCGAUUUAUGAAAGGAAAGGAAUAUUUCCAUUGAUACCAAAUUUGAUUUUAGACAUGACCGACACAUAGGCACAAGCACCGUCAAAUGAUAGCUAGCCUACAUUAAAGAAAGUAGCAUUCCUUGCGUAGCGUCCAGUCGCGCUGAGGAAGAGGGAGGGGAAUGGGACAACUUCUGUAGGCUACACAAUGAAAGCUGAAGGCUAAGCAAGAGGACACGUAGCCUACACUUAUAAAUUGUCGACGGAAACGGGAUGCACGUCCAGUGGCUUAGGAAAACUCGAUAUCUUGUUAUUCAGCUAGAUAAUUGCUUUCCAUGAUAUGCAGGAGUUCGCCGAGAAGUAAUACUGCGGAUUAAGAUCGGAGACAAUUUAGGGUAAAUAUGCCAAGUUAAAAAAGCGAAAGCGAUCUGGACACUUAAGAUUAUAUUUCACUAUUCUCCCAGUGUUACACGAUUGUUACAAUUUAACAUGCAUUCUUAUUAGUGUUAAAUUUCUACAGCCUAUUCAUAAAAAAAGUCCGUGACUAACGGUCAAGUCCUCUCCAAUCGUUGAGUGAGGCUUGUUUUGUUAUUUUCUUGUUCCAGCCCUUUCCCAAACUGCAGGCUGUCAGUGCCACGUUUAGAAUUGCGUAUGCGCUGGACUGAACAGAAGACACCGAUUUGAACUGUUAUGCUUCAUUUCAGAACAUCUAUAACAGAGCAAUAUCAGAAGUAUAAUAGGCUACAGGAAACAGCGCAGUUCACAAGCGUUUGUGAUGUGCAUUUGUAAUAAAUAAGUCAAUAACCAGGGCAUUUCUCGUUCUUGGUGGGCACGGCUUUUUAGUUCUCCGAGAAAACUUGACAGGAGCGGCCAAGCUCCUCGCCCCAGAAUGCUGGACUGAAUGAUAAGGAAUGGCAUCGGCGGUUUUCGAGGGCACGUCGCUGGUGAACAUGUUUGUCAAAGAUUGUUGGGUGAACGGGAUCCGGCGACUGAUUAUCAGUCAGCGAGGCGAAGAAGAGGAGUUCUUUGAGAUCAGGACCGAAUGGUCGGACAGAAACAUUUUAUACCUGCACCGGAGUUAUUCUGAUUUGGGGAGGUUGUUUAAGAGGCUAGUGGAAUCAUUCCCCGAGGACAGAAGAGACCUCACGAAGUCGCCCCUAAUUGAAGGAUUGGUGAAGAUUAAAGAAGCCAAUGACACUGAAGUCAGGCUGAAUGAGGUGGAGAGACUGCUGAAGAAUGCUAUCAACAUGCCCUGGAAGUUUUCCAGGUCAGAGGUGGUGCUGACGUUUUUUGAGAGAUCACCGUUGGACCAGGUGCUAAAAAAUGACGAUGUUCACAAGAUCCAACCGUGCUUCCAGAGUCCAGUGAAGAUAUCAGAGAUCAUGAGAUCUAACGGGUUUUGCCUGGCUAACACUGAGACCAUUGUAUAUGACGACAGUCUGUCACAUGAAAAGGAGAGACCCUCAUCUACAGACUCAGCAGAACAUGUGUUUGACAAUGGCGAAGAGUUUCUAACUGAGCCAAACAACAGUGACGAUGACCCAGAGGCCUACGUAACCAACUUGUCUUAUUACCACUUGGUACCCUUUGAGACAGACAUCUUGGAGUGACGCAGGCCGCACCCACACCUGCAUAGAAACGGUCCAGCUGUGCAGACGCUCAGUCCAGCUGCCAAUCCCGGCUGCAUUAGCGUGCCAACCGUGCUGCCAUCGCGACGCUUGCCAUUUGGGGGUUGUAGCUGGAGGGUGGAGAGGCAUUCUGGACACCCAUGGCUGUGUGGAGAUUGUGAUCCGUGACAUCAAACUCUCAGAGUCACUAAGCUCAGUCAAUCCGAUCAGUAGUAUGGACGAGUCCCCAACAUCUUUCUCUCCAUCACCAACGUGCCUCAUAUUUUCAUCGACAUAAGCAAACAAACAUACACUUGCACACACAUGUACAGAGAGCGGUGGCAAUGUUCUCAUUUGGAGCACAACCAGGGGCCUCACAUUACCCCUGGACCAAUCACUGCCUUCUCGUCAAAUACAUUUGGGCAUAUGAAGGAGCAGGAUAUACCCCCGUAACUCUUCAACGCAUCAUGACUCCAGUCUGCAUUUCUGUUCUUCUGCUCUUCCAGUGAAUCUGACAUCUUAUCAGUUUAGACAUGGAUGGGCUGAUUCAUCAGGAUAGCACUCACCUGUU